CUGUCAGGCCGCCUCCUCUCCAGCUGCCCGGCUUACUGCCCUGCCGUGCCCGGCUCUUCCUCAUGCUGGCACCUCCGGCCCCAGAGACCGCGGUCCCCAUGUCCCAGGCGGAGGCCGACCUGGCCCUGCGGCCCCCGCCGCCUCUCGCCGCCGCGGGGCCGCCCCGCCUCGGGCCCCCUCCUCGCCGGGCGCGCCGCUUCUCCGGCAAGGCUGAGCCCCGGUCGCGCUCGUCUCGUCCCGGCCGCCGCAGCUCAGUCGACUUGGGGCUGCUGAGCUCUUGGUCCCAGCCAGCUUCACAGAUUCCGGAGCCCCCUGAUCCUCCGGACUCCGCUGGUCCCGGCCCCGCGAGGAGCCCAACGCCUAGCUUCGAAGAGCCCCCCGAGGGCACGUGGACUCGGGGGGCCCAGGUGAAGGCUGCAGACUCCGCCCGUCCGGAGCUCGUGGGCUCCGCAGAGGUCUCGGGGUCCCAGGAACCGCCUCGGGUCCCUGAAGCCGCGGCCCGGGAGUGCCGGCGGGAGCAGGAGGAAAAAGAGGACACGGAGACCCAGGCUGUGGCAACGUCCCCGGACGGCCGAUACCUCAAGUUUGACAUCGAGAUUGGACGUGGCUCGUUCAAGACGGUGUAUCGAGGGCUGGACACUGACACCACGGUGGAGGUGGCCUGGUGUGAGCUGCAGACUCGGAAACUGUCUCGAGCUGAGCGGCAGCGAUUCUCAGAGGAGGUGGAGAUGCUCAAGGGGCUGCAGCACCCCAACAUAGUCCGCUUCUAUGACUCGUGGAAGUCGGUGUUGAGGGGCCAAGUUUGCAUCGUGCUGGUCACCGAACUCAUGACGUCGGGCACGCUCAAGACAUAUCUUAGGCGGUUCCGCGAGAUGAAGCCGCGAGUCCUUCAGCGCUGGAGCCGCCAAAUCCUGCGGGGGCUUCAUUUCCUACACUCUCGGGUACCUCCCAUCCUGCACCGGGAUCUCAAGUGCGACAAUGUCUUUAUCACGGGCCCUACGGGCUCCGUCAAGAUCGGGGACCUGGGCCUAGCCACGCUCAAGCGCGCCUCCUUUGCCAAGAGCGUCAUCGGGACCCCGGAGUUCAUGGCCCCGGAGAUGUACGAGGAAAAGUACGAUGAGGCCGUGGACGUGUACGCGUUUGGCAUGUGCAUGCUGGAGAUGGCUACCUCGGAGUAUCCUUACUCCGAGUGCCAGAAUGCUGCGCAAAUCUACCGCAAGGUCACUUCGGGCACAAAGCCGAACAGCUUCUACAAGGUGAAGAUGCCCGAGGUGAAGGAGAUCAUUGAAGGCUGCAUCCGCACGGAUAAGAACGAGAGGUUCACCAUCCAGGACUUGCUGGCUCACGCCUUCUUCCGCGAGGAGCGCGGCGUGCACGUGGAGCUGGCGGAGGAGGACGACGGUGAGAAGCCGGGCCUCAAGCUCUGGCUGCGCAUGGAGGACGCGCGGCGCGGGGGGCGCCCACGCGACAACCAGGCCAUCGAGUUCUUGUUCCAACUGGGCCGGGACGCGGCCGAGGAGGUGGCCCAGGAGAUGGUGGCCCUGGGUCUAGUCUGCGAAGCUGAUUACCAGCCAGUGGCCCGUGCAGUACGUGAACGGGUUGCUGCCAUCCAGCGAAAGCGCGAGAAGCUGCGCAAAGCUAGGGAGUUGGAGGCCCUCCCCCCUGCACCAGGACCCCUGCCAGCAGCUGUCCCCAUGACUCCUGGUCCUCCCAGUGUCUUCCCUCCUGAGCCCGAAGAACCAGAGGCGGACCAGCACCAGCCCUUCCUCUUCCGCCAUGCCAGCUACUCAUCUACCACCUCGGAUUGCGAGACUGAUGGCUACCUCAGCUCCUCCGGCUUCCUGGAUGCCUCAGACCCUGCCCUUCAGCCCCCUAGGGGGGUGCCAUCCAGCCCCGCUGAGUCCCAUCUCCACCUGCCCUCGGCUUUUGCCCUAUCCAUUGCACGAUCUGGCCCUGGCAGUGACUUUUCCCCUGGAGACAGCUACACCUCAGAUGCAGCAUCAGGCCUUAGCGAUGUGGGAGAAGGGAUGGGACGGAUGAGGAGACCACCAGGGAGAAAUCUCCGGCGCAGACCCCGAUCCCGGCUCCGGGUCACUAGUGUCUCAGACCAGAAUGACAGAGUGGUUGAGUGCCAGCUACAGACGCACAACAGCAAGAUGGUGACCUUCCGAUUUGAUCUGGAUGGGGACAGCCCAGAAGAGAUUGCAGCUGCCAUGGUGUAUAAUGAGUUCAUUCUGCCCUCGGAGCGAGCUGGAUUCCUGAGCCGGAUUCGGGAGAUUAUCCAGCGAGUGGAGACCCUGUUGAAGAGAGAUACUGGCCCUGUGGAGGCUGCUGAAGACCCCCUGAGCCCCCAGGAGGAGCCAGCACCAUUGCCUGCCCUCCCAGGCCCCCUCCCAGACCCACUGGGUGAGCUUCAGAGCGGCACCUUCCUGGAGCAGAGGAGCUGGGCAGCCUUCUCCACCUCCUUAUCUUCUCCUGGAACCCCUGUGUCUCCUGGAAACCCAUUUUCUCCUGGAAGCCCUGUUUUCCCAAGUCCCAUCUUCCCCAUCUCUUCUCCCCCAUGUCAUCCCAGCCCCUCCUCAUUCUCCCCAGUUUCCUCCCAAGUCUCUUCAAAUCUCUUUUCAUACCCCACCAGCUCUCCACUUCCAUUGUCCCCCAGUGCAUCCCAGUUUCCCAUCCCAUCCUCUCAGUUUCCACGGAGUUCUCUCCUCCCCAGUUCUCCACCUACCUUCUCUCCCAGUUGUUCCCAGGUCACUCUUACUCCUUCCUCUCCUCCAUGCCCCUCUUCUUCUCCCCUCCCCUCUACCACAGCAGCCCCUCUCCUCUCUCUGGCUAGUGCCUUCUCACUGGCUGUGAUGACUGUGGCCCAGUCCCUGCUGUCCCCCUCACCUGGGCUCCUUUCCCAGUCUCCUCCAGCCCCUCCUGGUCCCCUACCUAGCCUGCCCCCUCCCCCUCCCUUUGCUUCUUGUGGCCAGGAGAGGCCUUCAACCCUGACAGCUGAGGUGGAGAGUGAGGCCUUCUCAAAUCCUGCUCAGCCACUCCUGGGUGAAGCUAGACUGGCGCCCAUCUCUGAAGAGGGGAAGCCUCAGCUUGUUGGGCGUUUCCAAGUGACUUCAUCCAAGGAACCAGCUGAGCCUCUUCCCCUGCAAACAAUAUCCCCAACUCUCUCCGAUUCCCUGAAGCCUCCAACCCCUCAGAUGACCUCGGAGAGCUCGGACACAGAGGACAGUGCUGGAGGCGGGCCAGAGGCCAGGGAGGCUCUGGCCGAGAGUGACCGUGCAGCCCGGUGCCUGGGGGCUGGAGUUGAGCAGGAAGGGGAUGAUGGGAAGGAACGCCAAGUGGGGGGCAGCCCCCCACCCCUGAGCCAUCCCAGCCCAGUGUGGAUGAACUACUCCUACAGCAGCCUGUGUCUGAGCAGUGAGGAAUCAGAGAGCAGUGGGGAGGAUGAGGAAUUCUGGGCUGAGCUGCAGAGCCUUCGGCAAAAGCACUUGUCAGAGGUGGAGGCACUACAGACACUACAGAAAAAGGAAAUUGAGGACUUGUACAGCCGGCUGGGAAAGCAGCCCCCGCCGGGUAUAGUGGCCCCCGCUGCUAUGUUGUCCAGCCGCCAGCGCCGCCUCUCCAAGGGCAGUUUCCCCACCUCUAGGCGCAACAGCCUGCAGCGCUCUGAGCCCCCAGGCCUUGGCAUCAUGCGAAGGAACUCCCUGAGUGGCAGCAGCACCGGCUCCCAGGAGCAGCGGGCAAGCAAGGGGGUGACAUUCGCCGGGGAUGUUGGCAGGAUGGUGAGGGCGGGCCCAAGGGAGGGAGAGCCCAGGGAAUGGUAACUGGCUGCAGCUUCACCCUCGUCUCACCUUGGAGGUUUCUACAGUGCUUUUUCUUUUCCCUCCAGUGAAUUGGGAACAGAAGCCAUGUGUCUCCCCCACACCAGGGCCCCCCAUGGAGCUUGUGCUCCCGGACUCUACUGACCAACACAACUCUGCAAGGAAGACCUUAGGCCUGAGGGAGUAGAAGGCCAGUAGGGCAUGAAGAGUGCUGCUUCAUUAUAGGGAAGAGCCAAAUGUGGGAACUAUUUGCUGUGUGUAGAAGGUGUCAAUUCUGCAGCCUACCAUCCUCAUCCCUGCCACCUCUCCAGCCAAGUCAACCACUAAGCAAACCCACCCAAGCCCAGAGGCUUCUAGAGGGCACACUCCCAGCUGGGCAAGUGAAGGGAGUGUUCUCACACCAGGAAUUAGCAGCAGCCAAUAAAUAUGCUGGAAACUAGGAUUCUGUGAAUUUCUAUCUG